AUGGCCUUACAAGGGAAGGGUAGGCUUAUUAUGCAAUCCUCUUUGGUGAUGGUGGUAGUGUUGGUUGCAUUAGCAGCUGCAAUUACAGCUGAAGCAGCAGCUCAACCCCGUCCAGGGUGCCUAACCCAGUGUGGUAAUCUGACCGUGCCAUUUCCAUUUGGCAUGGAGGUAGGUUGUUACAAGGACGAUAAGUUUUUUAUCAAUUGUUCCAGCUCUACCAAUCCCCCAACUGCAUAUUUGAUGCAAGGUAAUCUCCCUGUUACUGACAUAUCCCUCGAGGAGGGUGAGAUACAAGUAAAGCAGUUUGUUGCCCGAGAUUGUUAUGAUAAGCAGGGCGUGCGAACUAACAGCCUUGACCCUCAGCUCUGGGUGUCUCCUUACACCAUAUCCAGUACCAAAAACAAGUUCGUGGCCGUUGGUUGCGACACUUAUGCUCUAUUUAAAGGGUACGGUGCAGACGAAGAAAGGUUCUUCACCGGUUGCAUGUCGCUGUGUGACAGCCUCGACAGCGCUGAGAAGGACUCUUGCUCUGGCAUCGGGUGUUGCCAAACUUCCAUCCCUAGCGGACUCAAAAAUCAGACUCUGGAAUUGAGUAGCUAUUACAAUCAUACAUUUAUUAAGGGCUCUAACCCCUGCGGCUACGCCUUUGUUGUGCAAGAGGGCCAGUUCAAUUUCUCCCCGGAGACAAGUUUUCAACAACUGAAAUCCAAUAAUAUGCUUCCAAUGAUUCUCAAUUGGGAAAUUGGGAAUGAGUCAUGUAGGGCAGCUCAAAAGAGUGUGGAUUAUCCAUGCCAUAACAAAACCAAGUGUGUCGACCGGAACACCAAUAAGACGUCUGCAUCGUCUGGUUACUUUUGCCAGUGCUUGCCUGGAUACCAAGGGAACCCUUACCUCCCAGAUGGUUGCCAAGAUAUUGAUGAGUGCGCUUUGAAUCCGAACCUUUGUAACAAUGGAGUGUGCAAAAAUCUAGCUGGAAAUUACUCUUGCUCAUGUAAUAGUGGCUACAAAAACCAGGACGCAAUUACCUGCAUCAAAUCUGCCUCUGCAAUUUCAUUGAAAAUUACGUUGGGUGUCUGUCUGAGCUUCUUAGUUUUACUGGUUUUAGUCUUUUCGAUAUAUUGCGGAGUGAAUAGAAGAAAGUUAAAGAAACAACAAGAAAAGUUCUUUAAACAAAUUGGGGGCUUACUUUUACGACAACAACUGACUCGAUACAAUCGAUCCAUAGAGACAGCCUCAAUCUUUUCUAAAGAAGAACUGAAGAAGAUGACAGACAAUUACGAUGAAAAGAGAAAGAUUGGUGAAGGAGGGUAUGGACUGGUUUACAAAGGUAUAUUGCCUGCAGAUAAAACAGAGGUUGCCAUAAAAAUGUCCAAAGUCAGUGCCCCAAUUACUGACAGCUUGGAGUUUGCUAACGAGGUGAUUCUUCUAUCUCAAAUCAACCAUAAAAAUGUUGUGAAGCUCCUUGGUUGUUGUUUAGAGACCCAAACACCUAUUCUCGUUUACGAGUUCAUCUCCAAUGGCUCUCUUUAUGAUCACCUUCAUGGAAAAGACAGAAAAGAACAACUUUCGUUGGAAACGCGGUUGAAGAUAGCAUCAGGUACUGCAGAAGCUCUCUCGUACUUGCAUCACUCCAUUUCUAAUCCAAUAAUACACCGAGAUGUGAAAUCAAUGAAUAUACUAUUGGACAAGAAUUAUGUGGCAAAAGUAGCAGACUUUGGGGCUUCACGGUUGGUUCUGGAAGAUCAAAAUCAACUAGAUACUUUAGUGCAAGGGACGAUUGGUUACUUGGACCCUGAAUAUCUUCAGUCAAACAUUCUAACAGAUAAGAGUGAUGUUUAUAGCUUUGGAGUUGUCCUGGCGGAGCUACUCACAG